GAUACAUAGGAGAUGAUGGGCCUUGAUUGAACGAGAGGAAUGAAGAAAGGGAAAGGGAGGAGAGGGCUAUACAGAAGGAAAUAUUCAGGGUCUCUAGCUUAGGGGAGAUGUCUGUGCUAAAGAUUUAAGUUUUUAGAUUUAGGCCUUGUUACUGUGUAAGAAGUAGUUAAAGCCACGGGUAUGAUUGAGAUAAAAAGACUGGAAGACCUGGGGCGCCUGGGUGGCUCAGUUGAGUGUCCGACUUCGGCUCAGGUCAUGAUCUUGUGGUUUGUGAGUUCAAGCCCUGCGUCGGGCUCUGUGCUGACAGCUCAGAGCCUGGAGUCCACUUCUGAUUUUGUGUCUCCCUCUCUCUGCCCCUCCCAGGCUCACACUCACUCUCUCUCUGCCUGUCAAAAAUAAAUAAACUUAAAAAAAAAAAAAGACUGGAAGACAAAAGACCAAAAUACUAGUUAAACCCAUGGGUUUGGGUGAAUUAAACUUAAGGUAACUAAGGUGUGGGUUGAUUGCAUUUAUGUCUAAUUCUAAAGCUUAGUACUAAAACUUUAUUUUUUUAGGGUCAAAUUUCCCCAAAAAGGAAAGAACAAGAAGAGGCUACCAAUUUUAAGUUUUGAAAUUACUUCAAAAAAUUUUUUUGACAUUAGUGCCUGUUACAAUUUUUUACAUAAGUUUUCUUUUUCACAACAAUGUGUAUUUUAACAAAAAUAGAAAGGACAUAAUGUCCAAAUGGAAGGGAAACCUUUAAAAUCAUUAAGCCCACUACUCUUGUCCUUAGUUUUUCUCAUUUCGCCAAAGAAUGAUAACUUCAUCAUAGACCAGUACCAGUCCUCAAACAACCCUUCCUGAAAGACUUCUGAGAUGACAAUUUUAUACACAAAAAUAUAGUACAUUGUUACUGUUGUAUAACAAACUUCAAUUGUUAUAGCCGAACACUUGUGUUAAAAAAGAAAAACUAAAUAUUGUAUUUUUCCCUUGUUAGAAACUCUUUCAUAUUUUGUUUCGCAGUAAAGUGAUUUCUCACUACCAAAUUUCUAAGAAAUUAACAAAAUUUUAAACUGAAGCAACUCAGAAAUACACAGCAUUAAUUCAUGAACUGUUUCCUUUUGUUAACUUACUAGAUACUUCUGGGUUUUGUUUAUUAUGACUUAUUUUUAAAAUUGCCAAAAGUCAUUGUAAAUCCAAAUGUUUUUAUUAUUCUUUUUAAGAUUUUAUUUUUAUGUAAUCUGUACACCCAACACGAGAUGGGGCUUGAACUUUCAACCCUGAGAUCAAGAGUUGAAUGUUCCACGGACCAGGCCAGCCAGGUGUCCCCAACUGUUUUCAGAAAUAGGGCAUCAAAUUGCUCUAACAUACCACCGCUUACUCUCUUACCUUGUCCCGGUUUGGGAAUAUUCUCCUGUAUGCAUAAACUUAUUUGCUUAUAGAAAUGUAGCUAUUGCCUAGUCAGCUGUAACAGCACAUCUUUAAUGAACACAUUUUUGGGGGUUCCUACCAAAGUGAAGAUCAGAGCUAAGUAGGCUCCAUGUUCUUUAAAUCUGAAGUUCUGCUUCUGCCUUUAAUAAUACUGGAAAGCAAUUAGAGUAAUACAGAAAAAAAUUAAGGUUCAGAGGCUUAUAGCCACCAUUCUUGCCAGCAUUCUCCUCCCCUAGGUCCUGAAGGGUAUGGACAUGGUUAGCAAGACAUUUGCUGAUAUUCCCUGAUGUUGAUGCUAAAAAAGGAAAAGGGAAGGACUCGGCUUCUUACUGUCUGGGUAUCCUGGUCACUGGAUAGUCUACUUUCAAAUUUGAGUGAGGGUAGUCUCUGCCACCUGAGGCCUUCAGCAGCUGUCAGUUGACUACCCUAAGUAGAUGCAAGGCAAGUCGCCUUUAAAGAUAAACUUGCUGUUUUUAUGGGUGUGUUAGGGCAUUGAUUGGUAUCUUUGCACUUAAAGACAAUAUGCUGCACCUGGGGGCUACAGGCACAAAUCAUUUAUUUUAAAUGCCUGAACAAUUUAAAAAUGAAUACUUCAGUGUCCAACUCUUGAGUACAGUUCACAUCAUGAUCUCACAGUUCACUUCAUGGAAUCGUGCCCCACAUUGGGCUCUGUGCUGACUGCAAAACCUGCUUGGGAUUCUCUGUCUUCUCUCUCUCUCUGCCUCUCUCUCUCUCUCAAUAAAUAAAUAAACGGUUUUAAAAAAAUGAAUGCUUCAAGAUGUAAAUCCUUCUUGUUAGCACACAUUUUAUAUCAAAAUAAACCCUCAAACAUAACAGAAUGUUGUUCCAUUUUUGCCAAAAGGAAACUUAAAUUAUCUCUUCAAAAUAAUUCAUGAGUACUAGCCUCUUUACAGUGGCCUCCCAAAUUAAUCAAUUGGGAAGCAUUUCAACUUUUUUUCUUUUUGGCCAGCCAUCAAAUAAUCCUUUAGAUAAAGUAUUUCCCAACAUUUUCAAAAGACACUCAUGAUAUAACUUGAUACAUAAAAAUAUUACAGUUUUAUAAUCAGGAAAUUGAUUUGCUGUGUUGCAUUUAAUGGGAAUUGGCCAGAUAAAACAUCUUUAGCUGGCAGAUUAGUAAUUUGUAUGUGCAGUAAUUGUCCUCAACUUAAUGGUCUGUUUAUUUAACUGCCUCUCUUAAGGAUUUUAAAUAUAUCAAAAGGUGUUUUAAUGCAUAGAGUGCAGUGUAAAUAGAAAUACAGUUUGCUAAUCAUCAUGAUUUCCAGAAAGAUUCAAGCCAUAAGUUACAUUAGUGUUGUGAAUCCUGGUUCAAAACAAAAUAAAAUCUAUUUUGAUUAUAUUUAGCAUGAACUCAGUUUAUAUUCUAUCAGGUCUUUAGGUAUAACUGUAAGUUCUUAUUUUCUUUACUCUUUUUCAUUUAGAUUGUUAUUGAUCAGGUACUUCCUAUGUAGUGCUAGAGAAAACACAUGGUCACUGACCUCAUAGUAAAGACCAUAGGCAUUUAUUGAGUAAGCCCACAGAAGAUGAAUAAUCUUUCAUUCAGUGAGUUAUGUUGCCUCUUCUGCUGUCCACCUUGCCCUGGGAAAAUUGCUUCAAAAUUAGCAUUUUUGCCACCUGAUCCAACAUAUACACUGAUGUGUGAUGAAAGUGGAAGCCGCUGGACUUUACACCUAUCAGAACGAGCAGACUGGCAGUACUCUUCUAGGGAAAAAGAUGCUAUUGAGUGUUUCAUGACUAGAACCAGUAAAGGCAACAGAAUUGCCUGCAUGUUUGUGCGCUGUUCACCCAAUGCCAAGUACACUUUACUCUUCUCACAUGGAAAUGCUGUUGAUCUUGGUCAGAUGAGCAGCUUUUACAUAGGACUGGGAUCACGGAUUAAUUGUAAUAUAUUCUCCUAUGAUUAUUCUGGAUAUGGCGCAAGUUCUGGGAAACCAACGGAGAAGAACCUCUAUGCAGAUAUAGAAGCUGCUUGGCUUGCUCUUAGGACAAGAUAUGGCAUUCGCCCUGAAAAUGUGAUUAUAUAUGGCCAAAGUAUAGGGACAGUACCAUCUGUGGAUCUUGCUGCUCGGUAUGAGAGUGCUGCUGUUAUUCUUCAUUCUCCUUUGACCUCGGGAAUGCGAGUCGCUUUUCCUGAUACCAAGAAGACCUACUGUUUUGAUGCAUUCCCAAACAUUGACAAAAUCUCUAAGAUAACCUCCCCAGUAUUAAUAAUUCAUGGGACUGAAGAUGAAGUCAUUGACUUUUCACAUGGCCUCGCAUUGUUCGAGCGUUGCCAAAGACCUGUGGAGCCUCUGUGGGUUGAAGGGGCAGGUCACAAUGAUGUGGAACUUUAUGGACAGUACCUCGAAAGGUUGAAACAGUUUGUGUCACAGGAACUGGUAAAUUUGUAAAAUAUUCUGUAAAUUUGCAUACUGGGUUUUCUUUCCUUGCUGAACUGCACUCUUUGGUAAAUAACAUAAAACCUGAAGGUUUUGUUUGCAAAUCAUGUCAGUUGCCUUCAUAAUUGUACAGGUAAUGAUUUGUUAACAGACUUAAUGAAGGUUUUAAUUACCAGAACUAGAAACUGGAAAUAACAGUAUCAUGCAGUCAAGCUGUGUAAUUUAUAUUUUUUCUGUGAAUUUUUUUUUAAACAUCAAAAUGAGUACUGUAUGAAAUUUUAAUUCUAUAAAAUCAAAUGCGUAAAAGUAUUGCCAAAUGCUUUUGCAUAUCAGAAACAGAUUUAUAAAUAUUUUUAAAACAUCUCAAUGUACUAAAUCUUAUCCAGGUAUACAAAUGUAAUAUUCUUUCAAUAAAAAGCUGUGUAUCUAAAACAAUUCAAGUACUCAUAAUAGAAUAAACUGUAUGAAAAUGUGCAAGUUCACUAGAGAUGACCUAAGCCCUGUUGUACAGGGAUAAAGGUUUAAACACUUAUUUUAUUGUAAAGUACAUUGAAUUUUCUGUAUUCUCUGGUUAUCAUACAUUAAAAAACAAAUGAUGUAAGUCUUAAUUUUUAUGCCAUCUAUUAAUUUACCAACUAGUUACCUUGUAAAUGAGAAGUCAUGAUAGCACUGAAUUUUAACUAGUUCUGAUUUAUAGGUUUGGUACUAUGAGGCAACUACUUAAAAUUCUCAUUUUUGUUUUUUAAAAGGCAUUUAGAGCUUCAAGAAUGAUUUUGUAUGCAAUGUUGUUUUAAAUUUUGACUAAUCUCAUAGAAUUGCUGUACUCUCCAUUAUAAGAAAACCUGAGAGUCCGUUCGUUAGAUGUUCUUCAAGACCACAAACAGGCUGGCUAUUUGGUCAUUUUUCACUUUGGCUAUUUUUAAUAGGACCUGUUGUUUUAGAUUACUAUCUGAGAAUUUCAUGGAUUCACUCCUGAUACAGGAGAUAAGAGAACAUUUAAUUCAUAACUUUUAUAUUAACCAAUGUAGUAAAAAACAAAGCUCACACACAAAAACUAAGUUGCCUUUCCUUGAAUGAAUCCUGCCUGAAUAAAACAAUGAAAGAAAAAUAAAAAUAAAAUUAAUGGUAUGUAGUCUAAUUUGUAAAUGAAUGAAUAUUGAAAUAAUACACACUGUGGAUAUAUUUUAAGGCCUUAUGUAGUUUUAAUUGUUCUGCUUGUUCUGUGGUUAUGUCUAAGACUAUAGUAUAUGAUUCUCUUCAAAGUAUAUCAAGUAUUGUGAAUGCUUUGGUUCAGAUGUGUCAAAUUAACAGUAAAACAACAAAUAUAAUACCA